GAGAGAGAGAGAGAGAUGCAGGUAUUAACUGGAGGUAGGGAGGGGAGUGCCGUAACUGCUGGCCGCUGGGACACCGAGAGGACACCGGGGGAUGUGUUUUGGUGUUUUGGCUCUCCGUCUCUCUCUUCCUCUAUGAAGUCGCCCCUGAUUCCAGACGCAGGUGUACCUCUGGAUCCACCUCCAGCCCUCCACCUCCACCAGUCCCAGUUCUCCACGCGCGGCCCCUCUCCCUUCAGGCCAGCCGGACGGGAUUUUUACGCGCCCUUAAGGGAGGAAUAGCAUUAUGGUAAAUGAAACGCGGCGCGUCUCUUUUGUGCGCCGCGCGUUCCCGCCGCUGUGAAUGUGAAGCCGGGUCUGCAGCCAGCACAGAUGACUUGAACUGCUCGGCACUUGUUCCAUAAAGAGAAGAUUUAUUGAUCACCAUGGCUAACCAGUACAUGUUCCUCACGACGGCGCCCCCCCUACGGCGAGGGAGCACCCCCCUUCCCGUCAAACACCAGCUGCGGAGGGAAGAGGCCGUGUCUGAAGAUUGUGAUUGGAUCCCGGGCCUGGAGGCGCCGACCACGUUGCCUAUCAGUGACACAGCGGUGCCUCGAGACGACUCCUUCAGCCAGUCGGCCGGAGCCCCGUCGGCCACGACCCAGUCCACCUACCACGGCCACAGCGGGGCGCUGAGGAUCGUGCUGCUGGGGCAGAACGGCGUGGGCAAGUCGUCGCUGGCCUUAUCGCUGGCCGGCCAGUCCGACAGAUCCCUCUCUAUAGACUCUGAGACGCAAGCAUUUGGCGAGGGCUACGAGUGCACGGUGACGGUGGACGACGAGGACAGCAAAGUCAUCAUUUUCGACAACUGGAAACAGGACCUUUCGACUCUGCAGUGCGACGUGUGCAUCUUGGUCUUCUCGGUGACUGACAGGCGGAGUUUCCACCGCACCGCCCAGCUCCGCCUCCUUCUCAGGGAGUCCCAGCCACACACGCCAAUCAUCCUGGUGGGCAACAAGAGCGACCUGGUUCGCUCUCGAGAGAUCAGCUCGGAAGAGGCCCAGUCCAGCGCCAACAUGUUCGACUGCUUCUAUCUGGAGCUGUCCGCCUCCUUGGACCACGGCACCAACGAGCUGCUGGAGGCGGCGGUGCGGACGGCGAGGGGCGACUGCGUGGGCCCCGGCUGGACGGACGGGGACCCCGGGGCGGGCCGCAGGGAGAGCCUCACCAGCCGGGCCAAGCGCUUCCUGGCGGGGCUGGUGCCGCGUUCGUACGGGCGGGACCGGGAGCGGGACCGGGGCCGCUACAGGGAAAUGAGCCGCCACCGAGGCAGCAAGAUCCUCCGCCAGAAGUCCCGCUCCUGCCACGACCUCAGUGCACUGUGACGCACACACACAAACACACACACACACACACACACAAAAACACAGAUUCAUACACACACACACACAACAGAUGAACAAAGAGACAUGGGGGAGAUUGUAAGGACGGCUUAAAGAUGAGAUGAACUACCGGGACGGACCGGAUGACGAUGGAGAGAAAUUUUGGCAGCAUCUGAGAAAUCACGGGAAAAAGAUGAAGUGAUCUCAGCCCGAAAUUAUCAGUGAAACCAAUUUUGUGGCAGAGUGAAAAAUGGAGUCGGAUGAGGUGAGCUUGAUUUGCUCUCCCAGCUCGGGUGAAUCAGUGAGCGCUCAUUACCUGACAAGAGCACGGGAGAGGAAAUUAGUGAGAACCACAUCAAGAUGCUGAUUUGAUGCCUAAUGUGGCAACAUGAAAAGGAGGAUGAUGAGGUCACAUAAGAGAAACACACACACACACACACACACACACACACCCAAGUAGCACAUACUGAUAAUGUAGAGAGACUGAUAGCAAUCCAGUAUAUACCUGUUCUAGACCCUGAUUUAUAGCAUGCAGAAUAGACGAUCUAAGACGUGAGACCCUUUAGGUUUUUACAGUUACAUGAUUUACUGUACCUCAGUGGCCAAUUGCUAAUGCACAAUCUAGCUCGCGUCUCCUGCAAUGCCGACU